CGCCAUCCUCAUGGUUGUGAGUAGAACUGCAGUUAUUCAGUUCGUCCUCCACCUCCCCCAUUGGAACCGUGUGGUUUACGCUUUUGAUCCCCGAGGGACCUCGCGCGCUCUACAUUCCAGGCAUUCCGACUUCAGUCUCUGCUCAGUUACUUAUUAUCUCUCUGUGCUCGACAACCAUGUCAGUGUAGAGCAAGUUCUGAAAAGAGUAGACAACAAAACUCCUUCUGGAAGGACGAGAACGAUUUAAACGAAACAUUGUGGAUUACUUUGGCUUAAUUUAUUUUUUAUUUUUAAGUUAUUAAAAACGUUUCGCUGGAAUGCGAGUGUGAACUGUUUCAUCCAUAAACACCUCGUCUACCCCUGAUCACCAGCUUCGAACAACGGAACCAACAUGGCGUCUACAGAAGAGCCGUCUGGCACGGUCCUGCACCGCCUCAUCCAGGAACAACUACGCUAUGGCAACCCCACAGAUGCCCGCACCCUCCUGGCCAUCCAGCAGCAGGCACUGCGCGGAGGCAGUGGAGGGUCCCCUGGCGGAGGACCAGGGAGCGGAGCAGAAGAGGGCCCCAGUAGAAGCCCCCGCUCCUCCCUGGAGAGCCUCACCCAGGAGGACUCCUCAUUCCUCCAGUUGUCCACCCGUCAGGAGCCCCAGGGCCAGGAGCACCAUGGAGACUACCAGCACUCGGAGAGCAGCUACCAGCUCUACCAGCUCCACGCAGAGGAGCUGCCCACCUACGAGCAGGCCAAGGCCCACUCCCAAUACCUGGCUCAGCAUUGGGCACCCGCCCCGGCCCCCCACAAGCAGCUCCUCUUGGGGACUCUCCUGCGUGAUGCGGACUACCGUGCAGCGGAGGAGCUGAUUGAGUUAAAGCGAGGGCACGUGCGGUCGCUCAGCGAGCGUCUCCUGCAGCUGUCUCUGGAGAGAAAUUGUGCCAUGGCGAAGUCGGAGGCGGCGAAGAGUUCCUCACAGAGCUACCCAGAGCUGGGUUACUACGCCCCCCCACAAGGCCUCCAGGACCAACACAUCCCACACCCAGAAUACUCAUCGGUUACCAUUAUGUCCCAAGGUUAUAUGCCUAUCAACGCUCAAGAGCCCCAGUGUGUGUACAGGGACAUGCCCCAGUCACUCCAGAUCCAGCAGCACAGGUAUGCGGGCCCAGGCAGAUUUGAGCCAAGGCAGAUGGACCUGCUGGUGCUGGAGAACGAGAGGCUGAGACAGGAGCUGGAGGGCCACCGAGAGAAGGCCUGCCGCAUCCACAAGUUGGAGCAGGAGGUCCAGAGGGUAUCCAAGGCCCAUGAGACUCUGCUGCAGGGCAGCUGUAAGAGGGAGAGCCUGGAGCAGACCUUGAGGAGAAAACUGGUGGACGAGAUCAGGAGGCUGCAGGAAUUCAACAGAGACCUCCGAGAAAGCCUGGAGAAUGCGAGAACACACGCUGCCAAAGAAGUGGAAGCUGCCGACCACAACCAGCACAUCAUGACCAAACUGCUCGAGCAAAACGAGGAGCAGCAGUUUGAGCGUGAGCGUGCAGAGCGAGAACUCCAGCGGCUCCGCAACUCCGCCGAGGAGCAGUGCCUGAGGGCUGAGCAGCUGGAGGAGGCCCUGGAGGCCCAGCGGUGCAGGGGACGGCAGCUGGAGGAGGAGCUGCGCCUCAAGCGGGCCUACGUGGAGAAGGUGGAGCGGCUGCAGAGCGCCCUGGCUCAGCUGCAGACCACCUGCGAGAAGCGCGAGGGCCUGGAGAUGAGGUUGAGGACACGCCUGGAGCAAGAGCUGAAGAGCCUGAGGGCGCAGCAGAGGCAGUCUCACCCGCCGGGCGUGACGGUGGGCCCCCUGCACGAGCGUCUGAGGGAGAGAGAGGAGUGUAUCUUAGCCCUGGAGGCAGACAUGGUGCGCUGGGAGCAGAAAUACUUGGAGGAGAGCACCAUGAGGCAGUUCGCCAUGGACGUGGCCGCCAGCGCCGCUGCUCAGAGAGACACAACCAUCAUCAACCAUUCCCCCUGCCACUCUUCCAACAACAGCUUCAAUGAGGUCCUGCCUGUAUCUGACUACAGAAACCAGGAGAUGGAAAACCGGAUCUGUGCUCUCUACACUCAAAUUCUGGAGAAGGAUGCUGUCCUCAAUAUCCUCCACCAGCAUUUGCACCAGGAACAGAUCAAGAAGGAUGGGUCUUGUUUGCCUGCCGCCACGUACACUACUGUCAGCACGGCCAAGUGCACCAGCAUAAACAAAAGUAAGAGUUUGUCAGACGACCAGACUCUCUCUCUUCUCCGGUGCUCCUCCCCAGCUCACCCCAGCCAGAGCUGUGGAUCAGAGGAUGGCGCUAAGGCCAAGGAGCCAGCCACUGGUUCUAACCUCAGCAUUGACAACGCUGCUGUGCAACAACAUCGUGCCUCCUCCUUGAACACAUUAAGAGGCCUGGAUGACUUGGAGGCAGUGGAAAUCUUCAUUUGAGGAAGACUUUUGAUCCUUGACAAGAGAUUCACUCGAGGGUAGUGAACUCUCGGAAGCUGUGCAGAGCAACUGACUACGCCAAUGGUCAGAGUUUCUCUGAAAAAUGGACGGAAGACAAGAAUGUUGAAGAAUGAGAGGCGUAUUUGUGGAAUAAGGACGUGGGCUUUCACAUUUAGAGGGGAGCAGUGCUCUUCCUCAAUUUCUUUCUCUCUUAGCCAGGUGGCUGCAGGCUAGCUGUCUUGGUAUAUGAGACUGUGAAACUUUCGAGGUACUUGGGACAGUAUUUCAGUUUUGUAAUGGGAAACAUCCCACUGUACUGUCAGUGUAUGCCAAAGUAUUUAUAUUUUCUGUGUACAACGAGUUCAGGAACUUAUUCCCAAAUAUGAACUGAAAGCUUCACGCUUUUCCAAAUAACCUUGUCUGUAGAAUUUAUCUUUGGACUUUUGACUGGCAUUCCCUCCCCGCGCAAAAAUGUGCCCACAAUCUGGCCAUAUUCCUGUGCCAUGGAAUUCUUCAGAGUUAGGAGAACAACUCUCCCAUCUCUAUAAUUGAAUAAAAAUGCCAAAAUCUUAAUGUUCAUAUUUUCCUUGGCCAUAUUCCCUAAGCCCCAGUAGCUGUCUCUACCACAGGAGGUUGGUGGCACCUUAAUUGGGGACUGUCAUGGUAAUGACUGGAGUGGAAUGGAAAAAAAAUACAUAAAUGCAUGGUUUCCAUGUGUUUGAUGCCAUUCCGUUUGCUCCGUUCCAGACAUUAUUAUGAGCAGUCCUCCCCUCAGCAGCCUCCACUAGUCUACAGAUUUAUAAAUAGUUGUGAUACAGUAUGCAAUGUAUAGUCUGGUUUUUCUCUUCCGACUUCUAAACAUGAGGCCGGCGAGACCAUUCUCAGCCUGGGGAGGGUGAAGAGUUUAUUUUGUUGCUUUUCACCGAUAGUUUUUUUUUGUAUUAUUCUUCAUGUGUAUUUUCUGAUGUGGUGAAUCCGCUGGUCAGAUCCACCACAUUGAUUAAGCUGCAAACUACACCAUUUGGUUUUGUUUACUGUGAGCCUUUUUCUGAACUAACAGGUUAAUAUAUUUUAUACAGACGUUUCUCUAAUUAUUUUAGAUAUGUUGUGCUAUGAACAGAAUGCCAAAGAUGAUUUUUUUUUGUGUUUUGUAAUUUAUGUGCAGACAAUCAUGGUUAUGUCCAGCUGUCCAACAGAUAAAGCGUUGACCUCAAGCAAAGACAUUUCUGUUAACUCCUAACAAUAUGAAGGUUGUGAAUUUGAAUUCAAACAUUUCAUGAAGCAAUAAAAUAUUAUAAUAUAUA